AACAGAACCUCUGCAUCCCCUUCUAACGGACAUUCACCAUGGCUGCUGCUGCUAGGACUCUUCGCAUAGGUCUCAUUCCCGGUGACGGCAUCGGACGAGAGGUCAUCCCGGCCGGCCGACGGGUGCUGGAGUCCCUCCCAUCGUCCUUGAAUCUGAAGUUCAGCUUCGUUGAUCUGGAUGCCGGUUUCGACACUUUCAACCGGACUGGUAGCGCGCUGCCGGACAAGACUGUCGACACCCUCAAGAAGGAGUGCGAUGGUGCUCUGUUCGGAGCUGUCAGCUCCCCCAGCACCAAGGUCGCUGGCUACUCCUCUCCCAUCGUUGCCCUCCGCAAGAAGCUGGACCUCUACGCCAACGUCCGCCCGGUCAAGACUACCGCCGGCAGCAGCAACGGCAACCCCAUCGACCUAGUCAUCGUCCGCGAGAACACUGAAGAUCUUUAUGUGAAGGAGGAACAGACCAAGGACACCCCCAACGGCAAGGUUGCGGAGGCUAUUAAGCGCAUUUCCGAGAGUGCCUCAUCUCGCAUUUCCACCAUCGCUGGCGAGAUCGCCCUGAGACGCCAGAAGAUUCGGGAUGUGGCCCCUGCUGCCGGUCUCCGUACCAAGCCUAUGGUGACCAUCACCCACAAGUCCAACGUUCUUUCGCAGACCGAUGGUCUGUUCCGUGAGACCGCCCGCAAGGCCCUCGCUGCCUCUCGUUUCUCCUCUGUGGAGGUCGAGGAGCAGAUCGUCGACUCCAUGGUCUACAAGCUCUUCCGUCAGCCCGAGUACUACGACGUCAUUGUUGCUCCCAACCUGUACGGUGACAUUCUAUCCGACGGUGCUGCCGCCCUGGUUGGCAGUCUGGGCCUGGUGCCCAGCGCCAACGUCGGUGAUGGCUUUGCUAUCGGUGAACCCUGCCACGGCAGUGCCCCUGACAUUGAGGGUAAGGGCAUCGCCAACCCCAUUGCUACCCUGCGUAGUGUGGCUCUGAUGCUGGAGUUCUUGGGCGAGGAGAACGCUGCCGCUAAGAUCUAUACUGCCGUCGAUGCUAAUCUCGACGAGGGCAAGUAUCUUUCUCCCGACAUGGGUGGCAAGGCUACCACCCAGCAGGUCUUGGAUGAUGUGCUGAAGAGGCUGUAAAAUGAUGAUUAAAAGUAUGUAUGUAUAGUGUGCAGAUAGGAGUAGACUCCGCAGGGAGUACAAUAAUAUAGAAAAUCUGUCACGGA